GAUGAUUGAAUCAAAGUGUGGUUGUGAUUAUUGAUUACUGUGGGUAGGAACCCUCUACCCUUGAGGUAUGGCAGGCAUUAAUGUCUCAGCAUAUGCUCAUAGCUCUGUGCACAAGGCCAUGAUAUUGAAGGAUUAUACAGGUCUUAAGGAGAUACUUGCAGGUCUUCCAAAACUUAGUAAUCCAUAUGAGAUUAAAACUGAGGCUGCCUCAAUAGCCGAGGAUGAGAAGGCUGCUGCAAUUUCUGCUGUGGUGAAUAGGAGGGAUGUGCCAAAUGGUGACACCCCUCUUCACUUGGCUGCAAAACUUGGUGAUGUUGUAGCCACUGAAAUGCUCAUGGUUGCUGGGGCAAAUGAUAGCUUGAAGAACAAGGAAGGAUGGAGUGCUCUUAGAGAAGCUAUCAUUAAUAAACAAGAUAAAAUAGCAAUGAUUAUGAUUAAGCAUUCUUGGAAUGAUUAUGAUGAAAAAUGGCAUAGAAGGUUGCCUCGUUAUGUAGGGACCAUGAGAAGGAUGAGAGACUUUUACAUGGAGAUUACAUUCCAUUUUGAGAGUUCUGUAAUACCUUUCAUCUCAAGGAUUGCACCCUCAGACACUUACAAAAUUUGGAAAAGGGGUGGGAAUAUGAGGGCAGAUAUGACUUUGGCUGGUUUUGAUGGUUUGAAAAUCAAGAGGUCUGAUCAGAGCAUUCUUUUCCUUGGUGAUGGUUUAGAUGAUGGGAAGAAAAUCCCUGGAUCAAUGUGCAUGAUCUCACACAAGAAGAAGGAAGUUAUUGUUCCUUCUUCAUCUUCUGAAGCUUCAAAACCAACUGCAAGAGAAGUUAGGCAUAUGUUGGCUAGAAAGUCCAAGGCUAAAAUAGUAAGGGUUGGGAUUGAUGUGAGUCAAGCAGUUCUUGUUCCACAGUAUACAUGGAGGCGAAAGGAGAGAAAAGAAAUGGUGGGGCCAUGGAAAGCUAAGGUGUAUGACAUGCAAAAUGUGGUUCUAAGUAUAAAAUCAAAAAGGGUUCCUGGAGCUCCAACUGAGGCCAAGUUAACUUGUGAAGAAAGUAAAAAGGACAAUGAAAAAAUUAAUGAGAUUUUGACAGAAGAAGAAAGAAAGCAAUUAGAAGCCGCAUUGAAUUCAUCAGAUGAAAAUGGUCAUAAAAAUAAUGUAAAGAAAGAAAACAAAGGAAGGUUCGGUGGACAUAGAGAAAAGGAGCACAACAAGGGAAAAAACACAAAUGCAACUUCUGUGAGUUGUAGCCAGAAGGAUGAAAAUGGUGAGAGUGAGUAUAAGAGAGGGAUGAUGCCUGUUCUUUGGCUUUCCCCUAACUUUCCACUAAAUAUUGAAGAAUUGUUACCAAUGCUUGACAUUCUUGCGGAAAAAGUUAAAGCAGUUCGUCGUUUAAGAGAACUCCUUACCACAAAACUUCCAAAGGAAACCUUUCCAGUCAAGGUUGCUAUCCCUGUGGUCUCUACAGUUAGAGUAUUGGUAACAUUUACAAAAUUUGAAGAAUUACAACAAGUAGAUGAGUUUGAAUCAGCACCAUCAAGUCCUACUGGUGCCGGCCAAGAGGAUCAAGCAGUGGCAGAAUCCUCAUCAUCAUGGUUUCAAUGGAUAAAGGCCCCCAGUUCAUCUGUUGCUGAAUCCAGUGGUAGGGUAGAUAAUAGACAAGACCUGUUUGCGAUUCCAUCAGACUAUACAUGGAUUACUGUUGAUGCAAAGAUGAAGAGUCACGAAAAGAACAAGCCAAAGGCACAGAAGUCAUAA